AUUCCGAUACUGGUUUUUGAACCGAAGCCAGUCAUCCGGUCAAAGAGUGGCGUUGGUCUAAUGAUAAGGCCCACUGCGGCAAGGAGAUGGCCGAAGCGUCUUUGCCAGCUGGUCGAGUAGCCUUAUCAGCUGCCAAGCAGCUCUCAUGACGAAACCCAGCUUGCAUGCAAACACAGCUCUCCGACUCUGGUUAAGAUUGCAUGUUGGAUUUUCUUCGAAUGCGGGUGUACAUGUAGCACAACCACACGAAUUCCACGACUCAACAAUCGUGGCAUUACUCGUGGUUGUCACAUUUAUCAGAUCGCUGCAAUUCUUUAUCCUCCGUACGGCUUUUCCCCAUCCACCGACAGUAAUGCAUCCAUAGACGAAACUCCUAGACCUGCAUCUCGACAUUCAUACGAGUCACGAUGUCGGAGGACAUACCUUUAACCUCCUUUUCGCUAACCCAUGUCCAUUACGACCCUACCGAUCGAAUUUCGUAUCUAUGCGCAUGGCUUGCUCUCGUCCCGCAAGGUCUUUGCGUCAUGUACGUGACGCUGAUCUGGUCGACACGCGAGGUAGAGAUAGCUCUUCUAGGUGCGGGCCAGUUUGCGUGUGAGGUUCUCAAUUUUGCUCUCAAACGACUCAUCAAAGAGGAGCGCCCGCCACGUAUGAAUGGGAAAGGGUACGGUAUGCCCAGCAGCCAUGCGCAAUUUGUCACAUUCUUUGCCGUCUCCUUGGCUCUCUUCCUCUUAUUUCGCCAUCAGCCACCGGGGCCGGAACAUAGAAGAAAAAACCACACUCCAUUGACGUUAUUGGAACGCGUGUUUUGGAGUAUCGUGGGCUUGCUCGGGGCGCUUACAGUGGCCUGGAGCCGGGUAUAUCUGAAUUACCAUACUGAGAAACAGGUGCUAGUAGGUUGCACUGCUGGAUCGGUGAUUGCCAUCGCGUGGUUUAUCACAACGAGCAUUUUACGGCAGACUGGGUGGGUAAGCUGGGGCAUGGAGACACCUAUAGCCAAAUGGUUAAGGGUUAGAGAUCUGGUUGUUGAAGAAGACCUUUGUCAAGCUGGCUGGGAGAAAUGGGAUGACAAGGUUACUGCGUCAAAAGCACGAAGUAAAAAGAGAAGAUGACCCACAGCCAGUGACUCGAGGUACAGGCCAAACCAAAAAAAAAAAAGAGAGGAAAAAAGAAAAGAUUUCACCGUCUCAAGAUAGACCCAAUCUGUGUACUUCACCAAUUACACAUAAGAGCAUAUUUAGACUCUGCGCAUUCGUAUGUCUACAGUUUGCUACAUGUGACCACCGUGCAGGGCCUCUCAAGCCUGCGUUUGUCUGUCUGCCUGCCUUUAUAUUCUCGUUUGUGGAGGUCUAGUGUUAGGCCAACAUUGCUGGAAGAAGUACUAUCAAACUAACAUGACCGUCAUCUCUCAAACAGGGCGUCAUAGUUGUGUUAUGUCCGUCCUUAUACCUUAUAAUUCAAUAAAAGAAGUAUGCAGAAAGCAACAUCGAAAAUAUCAACUUCAAGAUAAGAUCAAUUUGAAGUAGGUUAUUGUUAAUGGGAUUAAAAGUAGGUAGGAUAUAAUAUAACAAUUUGUUUCAAUCUUUGAUUGUGAUUUAUAU